AGAUUUGAGUUCAAAUUGUGAUGUGAAAAAAUAAGCAGACUGCUCGACAUUAGAAGUUGUUGUGCCAUAAACUGCACUUUGUAAAAGUGAUGCGUGGGAAUUUUUCUUUCGAAGAGAGAAAUCUUUUGUACCCAGAGUAGAACAUUGGACCUUUUUUUGCAUCUCUCGACCCGGUUAGAGUCCUGGAUUUUAAUAACUUGGUGGUUUGUGUGGCAUAGAAACUGUACGAGGAAGUACCGCCCAUUUAAAGGGAGAAAACUGGACUUGAUCUUCACCACUAUCCACUGAUGCAGCUUGCUUUUUCAUGAACAAUACAAGUGCUUCUGUGGGGCAAGAUGAAUUGUGUAACAGAGAAGAGACUGAAGAUGAGCCAUGGUCUGUCACUUCUCUUGGGGGUUUUCCUCUGCAGUUUGUACCAGCUGACCAUCAGUGCCAGUCUGAAUGAGCCUUUGCCAAAGCCUCAGACUGGAGAGGAUUUUGGAGAUAGUUCAACAAAGGGGGUUGAGGAGGCUACAGUAGAGACCCAGGGGCUGGAGGGAUCUCGCACUGCAACACAUGAAGUAGAGCUCACAGAUCAAACAACAGCUGAGAUGCAUGUGGUAAAACAUCAGUCCAUCCCCACUGAAUCUCAUCUAUUGCCAACCACGAACCAGACUAUCGUGCAUUGCAUCUAUGUUUCUCCUGAGCCUCCACAGGAGACACCCAUGCCACCCUCAGCUCCUCCUGUCACAACCAUUAGUCAAGUUUCUCCUGGUGAUGCUCCACAUGUUAGGGGAGAAUUCCCUGCAGAUGUUUUUUCUGUUGAAGACCGUAGACGAGGCUGGGUGAUCCUCCACAUUUUUGGGAUGAUGUACAUGUUCGUGUCACUUAUAAUUGUGUGUGAUGAGUUCUUUGUUCCUGCGCUGAGGGUAAUCAUAGACAACCUAGUCAUCUCUAAUGACGUGGCAGGAGCCACCUUCAUGGCAGCUGGAAGAUCCACCCCUAAGUUUUUUGCCUACCUCAUAGGGGUCUUCAUCGCCCACAACAACGUGGGCAUUGGCUCGAUAGUUGGUUCAGCAGUUUUUAACAUUUUGUUUGUGAUUGGAAUGUGUGCUUUGUUUUCUCGGGAGGUAUUUCAUCUAACCUGGUGGCCACUUUUCAGAGAUUUAUCCUUCUAUAUAUUUCACAUCAUCUUACUCAUCAUCUUCUUCUUGGACAACAUCAUAAUGUGGUGGGAGAGCAUGAUGCUGCUGGCCGGUUACACUGUCUAUGUGAUUUUCAUGAAGUUUAAUGUGCAAAUAGAGCGGGCCUUCAAGACCCAACUGUACAAACACAAGAACAUUGUCAAAGUCAUUACUGUGGAGGAACCGGAGAAGGUGGACAUGUCUGCAAGAAAGGAUGGGUCAGGAGGCUCAGAAGACUCUGACAGUGAUGAGGAUAAAAACGAUAAAGACAGUGAUGAGUCUAGAAAAAAUGAAAAUGAUUGUGAGACCAAAGAGAAAGAGGAAGAAGUGGAGAAAAAGGAUAAGCCCCUGUCUUUAGAGUGGCCUGACACACGACGUAAUCAAGCCAUCUACCUCUUCCUGCUGCCCAUAGUCUUCCCUCUGUGGCUCACAGUUCCUGAUGUUCGCAACCAGAAAUCCAGAAAAUUCUUUGUGGUCACUUUCCUGGGCUCUAUUCUGUGGAUGGCUGUCUUCUCCUACCUCAUUGUGUGGUGGGCCCAUCAGGUCAGUGACAGCGGUGAAAUUUAGAGGUGACAUUUGCUUUGUUUUCUGAUUGUGCACACAGACACACACAAACACUGGUGUAAACUGGAAGGUAAGUUGACAUAAAUCCACUGUUGAAGGACCAAUAUUUUGCAUUGAAUCAAACUAUUUUUAGCCUUAAAUGAAAACAAAUGCUUUCACAAAGUUUUGAUAUCAAAUUAAGGUAUCCAUUUUUUCAACAGUAAUUCUGUUUGGUGUGAACACUCUUAUAGAUAGGUGAGACCAUUGGCAUCACACAUUAUAUGACCAUCCUGGCUGCGGGGGCGUCCAGUCUAGACCUCAUUACCAGUGUGAUUGUGGCACGUAAAGGCCUGGGGGACAUGGCAGUGUCCAGCUCUGUGGGCAGUAACAUCUUUGACAUCACUGUGGGUCUGCCAGUCCCGUGGCUCCUGUACUCAUCCGCCCACGGUCUGGCUCCAGUGGCCGUCAGCAGCAAUGGGCUCUUCUGUGCUAUCGUGCUCCUCUUCCUCAUGCUCCUCUUUGUCAUCAUCUC